CUUGACGCGCGGCGAUUAGGCGCUGCCAAGUCUGGCAACAAAAUAUAAUUUGUUUAACGUAACCUGUGCAGCCUAAAUUCACUGCCAUGGCGCCCUGAAGAAUUGGAGGAAGGCACGGUUUCAUGCUCGGUAGGUGACCGGAGUCAGUCUGCUUCUCGCCGUUGAGCCGAGACGCUGCGCCCCGAAACACAAACGGCUGUGUGGACGCUGCUACAAUGAGCUCGGAGCACCAGAGCGCCAGCGAGGACGCCGACGAGUCGCAGGACAGGCCCAACGGCGGCGGCAUCUCCGACAAAGAGGAAGACCCUGACAUCGACAACUCGGGGGACGACGAUGACAUGGCUCGGGGGGUUACACCUUCACUGCCCGGGAGCAGCGGAGACCGGCCGGAGCGCGACGCAAGCUCUCCGGCGUCAAUGAAACGGGAGCCCCGUGACCAGCAGACCGCCGCGCCGCAGACAGGGAGCGGCGGGGGUUCCGGCAGCGGCAGCGACAGCGGCAGGGGGAACAGCCUGUUUUCCUGGCUGCAGAGCAGGACUAUUAGGCGAGGGGUGUUUGUAGACCCGGCUAGGGAUAACUUCAGGACAAUGACCAGUUUGUACUGCUCAAUGAAUCCGGCUGCAGAGUCUGUCAACCUGAGCACUCAGACCCACGGUGCGGUGUUCAACCUGGAGUACUCUCCGGACGGGUCUGUGCUGACGGUGGCCUGUGAGCAGACUGAAGUCCUGCUGUUUGAUCCCAUCUCCUCCAGACACAUCAAAACCCUGACGGAGGCUCACGAGGACUGUGUCAACAACAUAAGGUUUUUGGACAAUCGCUUGUUUGCCACCUGCUCUGACGACACCACAAUUGCAUUAUGGGAUCUCCGUAAGCUGAAUUCAAAGGUUUGCUCCUUGCACGGCCACGCCAGCUGGGUGAAAAACAUUGAAUACGACACCAACACUCGUCUCCUCGUCACGUCUGGCUUCGACGGCAACGUCAUUACAUGGGACACUAACAGGUUUACAGAAGAUGGCUGCCCGCACAAAAAGUUCUUCCACACCCGCUACCUAAUGAGGAUGCGUCUGACGCCCGACUGUUCCAAGAUGCUCAUCUCUACUUCCUCAGGGUACCUGCUCAUCCUCCACGACCUGGACCUCACCCAGUCCCUCGAGGUGGGCAGCUACCGCAUGCUGCGAGCGCGACGGACUCCGCUCAGCUCAGAUGGAGGAACAUCAGCAUCCAGGUCAGCUGGAACUCCUCGCCAGGGAAAUGACUCCAGCAAGAUCCACCCUCACAGAGAAGGUCUUUCUCCCCGGAACAGUCUGGAAGUUUUGACUCCAGAGAUCCCCGGAGAGAGGGACCGAGGGAACUGCAUCACCUCCCUGCAGCUCCAUCCAAAAGGCUGGGCCACACUCAUCCGCUGCUCCAGCAACAUGGACGACCAGGAGUGGACGUGUGUGUAUGAGUUCCAGGAAGGAGCACCCACUCGCCCGCUCGUCUCCCCACGCUGCUCCCUCCGCCUCACCCACUACAUCGAGGAGGCCAAUGUGGGACGGGGCUACAUUAAGGAGCUGUGUUUCAGCCCGGACGGACGGCUCAUCUGCUCACCGUAUGGCUACGGAGUCCGCCUGCUGGCCUUCGAUGAGCGCUGCGGCGAGCUGGCCGACUGCCUGCCCGUCCAGACCAGCUGCCUCAGGGAGAUCCGCUCCAUCUACUCGCACAGCGACGUGGUGCUCACCACCAAGUUCUCCCCGACACACUGCCAGCUGGCCUCAGGCUGCCUCAGUGGACGCGUGGCCCUAUAUCAGCCCAAGUUUUAGCAUCCAGUCCUGUCAAAGAACGAUGCACUGCAGACCUGGGUAGAGAAGUACUGAUCAGGAUUCCUGCAUGGACCUGGACAGUCUGGAAAAAAACACAAAAUCACACAGAAUCAGUAAAAAUAUUGCACUGCCCCAAUGUAUUGUUUGUACAACCAAAUAUUUUCAAUGAUUUUAGACCGUUCUAAAUUAUACCAAGACCAUCAGUGGAAAUUUUUGAAAAAAUCGUAAAAAGUAGGAACAUGACUAACAUUUCUUAGCAUGUGUUUUAAUGUACUUAAUGGACCAGGUGAAAUUAUACAUACAGAUAUUUCAGAUAUUGUGACACAUAUUUACUUCAGUACUGUUAAUUUUCUGAACCCUCAGCCAGACUGUAACGUAAUGAAAACCGCACCCAUCUGGCACCUAAUAGGGGUAAAGUAAACCCCAAAAAACAAAAGUUUCAGCACUUCUAGACCCAGGUCUGCAGCUGUGAUGCAGGCUGAGCUCGUGUGGGAAAAAGAAAAAUUAAAGAAGGAGAAGACUUGGAUGGAAACAUUCAGCCUGUCUGACCCUAAACACAAAAAAAAGACUUUGAGACAGCAAAACAAAAAAAGGGCAGCUGGGCUUUGCAAUCUAGACUUCCAUCCAGACUGAGGAGAGGGUUUGAAGCCCUUGAGGCUCUUGAUCAUUAAAUCAAGCGAUUGAACAUGUCAUCAGUCAAAAACAAACUCUGCAGGUCGUCUAUGGAUCUUUUUCAUACUAAAGAUUAAUUUUGGUCUCUAUAGCAGUAGAAAACUUUGACCUGUUUCAACACUCCACACAUCCAGAUGCUGCUGUCUCGGGACAAAAACACUAAGGAUGCAAACAGACAUAUUAAUCCAUUAAUUCUAACGAGACAAACAAAACACAGGCGCUUGUGUCUGUCGUCUGCGCUGUCGUUGAUCGUCUUGACUCGGCGUCCUCCGCUGCGGAUCGCGUCGCUCUCAGUUACUCCGCUCUGCUCAUGCCUUUUUCUACAGGUGCUGCUUCUCUGCUCAUACAAUCUGAACUUUGACCCCUGACUUUAAGGACCUCAUCAUCAACGCCUUUCUCCUUCGCUCAUGGACCGUGGCUUCUCCACUUCUUACCUACCUGUGCUUUCUUUUCCCCAUCUCCACCAUGUUUUCACCUUCAUUGUCUUUAAACAUGUCUGGUGGUUUUAUUGUUGUAUUAGUGUCGGCACUACGUUCACCAUGGCGUUUGAUUCAUUUGACUCCACUACCACAUUUUCUUUGCCAUUGUGUAGGACUUUUACAUUGGGAUCACUUCUCAUUUCUCUCCACAGUUUGUGUGUUUUAAUCUUCUUGCUCUCUGGACCCUAACCCUAAGUCCAGCUGCUGUCACUGUCUUAGUUUUCCACUCUGACAUUUUCCAGACCUUCUUUCUUUAGAAACCAAUAUUGCUAGAGUUUCAAGGACAGCAGCAGUCAUAGUUCAAUAUCUUUUCCCUGAAAGAUAAGGCUGGUGUUAUUCUGUUUUUUUUGCUUUACACGUUGUAUACUUUCUGUUUGUUACACUCAGUCCAUGCUCACUCCUUCCCUCUGAAGACACCAGUCUUUAAAAACAGCUCACAUAUGUAGUUUCUGUUUUUUCUAAAGGCUCAGUAAAUUCUUAUGACAAUUGGGCCACACAAACAAUGCUAGUUAGCAGAAUCAGUUCAUUGUUGGAGGAAUAUAGAAUAAUUGCCAGCCUCAUCCUCAGUGGCUUGUUCACUUUUUGGCCAACAAUUUUUGACAGAAUUAUCGGUUUAAUCUUUAAUUGUUGCCAAGAAACAUUUGACUCCUUGUCCGACCUGGUUUUGUUGGGUUUUGAAGUGUGUGUUGAUUCACAUCAGUAUUUGAUUGUUUUCCCCUCCUCUCAUCCAAUUUCGAUCUUUUACAGUGUUGUCAUAAAGGUGACCAGGCUUUUUUUUUUUUUUCAUUUCUUUUCUAAGUAGCGAACGGAUUGCUUUGACUGUUGAUGCAAUGUGUUUGAAACCAGUGUAGUAUAGCUGCUGUAAGAGCCAAGCACACGUGUGGAUGUUAUACCUUAAUGUAAACUGGUUACAGUGCAUACGGACUGACUGCAGAAUAGAUAAUAACGUGCUGUUGCGUAAACAAUAGAUAGACAUAAGCUUAUACUACUAUGCAUACCAGCCUUUAUGAAGAUUCUCCUUUCUUAUUUAUGCGAGGGUGAUGCUCUGUGUGGAGCUGUCAGAUGCCAAAAUGUGUUUUUGUGUGGACAAAGCAGUGCUUCUCCUCUGUAGUGAACAGUUAGCUGAGAACUUAAAUCUGCUCUUAUGAAUUAAAAAAAAAAAAUUUUAACAAGUGGCAAAAGCAGAAAGUUCAAAAGGAUUGUUUGACAUUUUGGGGAAUAUGUUUGUUCGCUUCAUUGUGGAGAGUUAGGAGGGAAGAUUGAUACCGCUCUGACCUCUGAUCUCAGAAAGUGUGGUCACAGGGGGCCACUUAAAGUCAGAGGCUUGGCUGCUGUGGUUUUAAAAGAUAUGACGUCAGCGCAGCUUUAUAGACAUAAGUGUUCCCAAGUGUUCCUCUGCGAGAAAAGUGUAAUAGGCAUAUUUUCCAAAAUGAUUGAAAAAAAAAUUAAGUUAUUGAGAAAUGAAGUUGUCUAAACACGGAUGUGACUUAAUAAAUGAAUAAUAGUCACAACAUGGUCCUGUAUGUAAGAGGGAGGAUGCUUUUAACACGCUGUACCUCAGUCAACUGCUCAAAAUGUGUGUUGUUCAGUGUGUUACAAACGGAGUCCAUUUCACUUUCAGUCCAGUCACAUCAGUGGUUACUCGCCUGGAGGAACCAAUCUCUGUCACAGGCAUUAGGAAAUACUCAGUAGUUAUUUCAUGAAUAGACCGUCACAUUCACAGUGAUUUUUUUUUUUUUUUUUUAAUUGACUGAGCUGAAGGUUAAAUGACCAGCCAUGCUGUAUAUUCACUGCUGCUUUUAUUUCACUUCUAUUUACAAGCUCUUCGGAGAGAAGUGUCUUAUCUGCCAUUUUCACUUCAGGUAUAGCAACAAAAAAAACAAAAAAAACAAACGGGGUUCAUAUUUAUGAAUUUGUUCUUUUGUUUUGUUGUCAGUCCUGUUCUGGGUUUUAACCUGUAUUCUGUUGUGGGUUAAUUGAAUGUUCUCUGUAGUUCCAUUGUUACCUGUGCACCGUCACCUCACAACUCGGGAAGGGGUGGACAAGAGACAAAAACAUGUUUUAGUGCUCGCACUGUUGUUUCCUACAUGGCUAUACACAGCAAGUAAUCCUGACAAAGAUACUAAAAUGGUACUUAUUAUCACUGAAAUAAAAAGUUAGCUUCUUUUGCACU